CACCCUUCUGCGAAUCACAUCAUCAGUCUUCUCAAGAUCCCCGAACACAGAACUACAAUAAAACGUCACAUCUGCCGAGGAACCGACCGCAGUGUGACGAGGGACCACCAGCGCUCGGAGUGAUAACACGCGCAGGAAGACACGCGUAUUCCGCGACGAUAAAAUUAUCUCAUUAACAUCAUGACGCGGGAGGAGCUCUUCGCCGUGUUACUUCUCGGUCUUCUCGCGAUAGCUCUGAGCUUGCCGCAGCAGCCGAAAUCCAAGAGACCUACUCCAGUAUUCAAGGAAUCUAAAACUGGCGGCUUGCGGCUCCCCGACAACGCGACGCUCAUUCGCGAGAACAUCGUCGACACGUUUUCGUGCCAGGACAGAAUUUACGGUUAUUAUGCCGACAUGGAGAACGGAUGCCAAGUGUUUCACGUGUGCAUGCCGCAAACAAGGGGCUCAAUUAGAUGGAGCUUCAUUUGCCCCGCCGAGACAGUCUUCAACCAAGCGACGUUCGUGUGCACACAUACAGAAAGUUCGAUACCGUGCGAGGAAUCGGAAAAAUAUUACUCUCUGAACGAGGACAUUGGAAAGGAGGUGGAAGAAGAAGAAGAGGCGGAUCAAAAUCGAGGGAAGAAAAAUGCGACGAAGAUUUUGGAACCUGAAGUGGAAACGAUCUCGAAAAAGUCACUCCCGAAAAAUUCGAGAUUGCUAAGUCGAGAGACGUACCAGUUUUAUUAAGAGGAAUAUCUCUUUUUCUGCAUCUCAUUUAAAAGAGAUUGCUUUAUAAAAUAUGGUGAUUUGCCAAUCUCGGUUAAAAGAAAUUUUAGCUUGCCUCAAUCAAAGUUGACUAAAUGCUCAUUUAGAAUAUAAGAUACUCGCUUAUACAUUUGCCUCGCAAGAACCUUUAUAAUAGUAGUGCUUUAUAAUGCAAAUAGAACUAAAAUUUAAAUUAUUGUUACAUGUACAAUGUAAAAUACGUCAUUUCACAAAUUAAUUACGUGAUAUGUGUAAAAUAAAAUUUUGUACAAUACCAGCAAAAUAGUAAAACGUAAGUCGUAAUUAUGUGCAAUUACAUAAUUAUGUGUAAAAUUACAUUAAAUGUUCAUAUAUGUAAUUAUUCGAAUAAAAGAUACUGGAAAGAAA